GAAGUCGUGUCGUGGAAAUGGCAGCCACGAGAGAGCCCUCUUACCUAAGCGGCACCGCCACCGCGACGCCACCGGGUUGCCACCGGGCGAUCGAUGACGGCAACCAAAACAACAACAACAGAAGAUCCAAAUGAAAUUAUUUCCUUCCCUCUUUCCAGAAGCUCCACUGACGUUCCAUCGGUUGCUCCCCCCCAGCACCCCGUCUCGCUCGAGCUGUUCUCUCCUCCUCCACCGACCUUCUCGAGUGAGGCCAGACCUUCUUUUCUCUUCUAUUUGCGUUUUGUUUCCCCUCAUCGUCCCUUAACUAAUCCCUGCCCCCCCGGCAACCUUGCAUCUCCUCACUAGGGUCUAAUUAACAACUCGCUGUUGCUAAGCAGCAGCAAAACAGCUCCAGCCAUGUUCAUGCUCCGCAAUGUGAGCAAGUAUCUCUUUGGAGACACCUCCAAGGAAUCUAUUAUCGAAAUCCCCCAAGGAGAACUCUAUCUCGUCCGACCUCUGUCCCCCAAGGGCUACUCCGAGCUCAUCUUCAAGGACGCCGCCGCCUCCAUCAGACGCACCGGGCAGGAGUUCCAAUACCAGCUCGUCAUCCAACGCGCCUACGAGGAAGGUGAAGAGGAGCUAGGGGAGGACGACGACGAACAAGGCGCCAGCGACAGUUUGGACAAGGACGAGAAGGUCUUCCUCCUCGACCAAGCCCUGCACUUCCGCUCCGAAGUCCGCGAGGGAGGCGCGAAGAUCUUGGCGUGGAGGGAUCUGAGCGGAGACCUGGGUGAUCUCUUUGAGUUCGUCUGCGACCCCUCCGUUCCCUCCGAGAAGGUUUCGACCUUUGAGUUGGCCGCGCUCCAGUGCCAGUACGAGCGCACAUAUCGACGCAGUUCCCAGAACGUCAGCCGUGAGGACCUGAACGAGUUUUCUUUCCAGGAAGAGAAACCUAUCCCGUCCGCGAGUCCUAUCGCUUCCCCGACCAAGUCCCGCGCCCACUCGUUGACCUCCGGAGAGUCAGCUGCCGCCAUGGUGAAGGACGUUGAAUACUCUAAGUCGAAAGGGCUGAUCAAGCCUGCGGCCUCUGAGGAAGAGGCUACAGUUGCUCCGCCCUCAGCGGCGCAGCCCGAGGCGAGGGAGGUCCUUGCCAAGGAACAGGCUGAACUGCAUCUUUUCGACUUUGUCAGCGGAACGUUUGUCUUGCAGGCUACUGGUGUGACCGCGACAGUCUCGGAAGUCGGUGACUGGCAGUACUGGCUUCAGAUCAGUGGAGACGACAAGGAGUGGCUGGGACAAGAAGUCGUCGCUGACAUCAACCCUGUGUUCAACUUCGAAUACCUGUCUUUCAUCUUCAACGCCUACGGUGAAGAUGGCGCGGCAUUCUCCUGGCUACUGCGCUUUAAGGACCAGGAGACGGAGGAGAAAUUCCAGGAGGGCCUCAUGCAGGCGCUUUGGGAGCAGCUGAACGAGAUGAAGUGGACCAAGGUUAAGGAGAACGAGCGGGAGUACGUGUUGGAUGCCUUCCAGGAACUUACGAUGGAGGCUGCAGAGGAGGCCGAGGCGGAAGCCGAGGAAGAGGAGGAGGAAGAAGAGGAAGAGGAAGAGGAAGACCGCUACGAUGGCCAGCGUAGUGAGCACUACGACUCUGACGAAGAGGAAGACGACGUGGUCGUUGGGGACAGUGAUGGAAACGUCAACUCCCAACUUGCCGUCGGUUACAAGCAUGACCGCUCGUUCGUCGUCCGUGGCUCCAAGAUCGGUGUUUUCAAGCACACCCCUGACAACAACCUCGAAUUCUCGACCAACAUCUCCAAGGUUGAAACGCCUGGUGGCAAGCUUUUCAGCCCCAAGAAGGUCAUGCUGCACGCCGAAGACACCAACAUGAUUCUUCAAAAUGGAGAUGACCCCAACUCCCUGUACCGGAUGGACCUGGAGUAUGGUAAGAUUGUGGACGAGUGGAAGGUCCACGAUGAUAUCCCUGUCCACACCUUUGCGCCGGAAAACAAAUUCUCUCAAAUGACCGCCGCCCAGCCUUUCAUUGGUGCUUCCAAGAACGCCCUUUACCGCAUUGAUCCUCGUGUCACAGGGAACAAACUGGUGGAUACGGACAUGAAGCAGUACGCCAGCAAGAAUGAUUUCUCCUCGGUGGCCACGACCGAGAAGGGCUAUCUUGCUGUGGCCUCCAACAAGGGUGAUAUCCGCAUGUUCGACCGCCUGGGCAUCAACGCUAAGACCCACAUCCCGGCCCUUGGAGAACCGAUCAUCGGCCUGGACGUGUCCGCCGACGGUCGCUGGGUCCUGGCCACCUGCCGGACGUAUCUCCUCCUCAUCGACGCCCUGCAGAAGGACGGCAAGAACGAAGGCAAGUUGGGCUUCGAGCGUUCCUUUGCCAAGGACUCCAAGCCGCAGCCUCGUCGUCUGGGUCUGCAGCCUGCGCACGUCGCCCAGUUCCAGCACGAGACGAAGAAGCCCAUCGCCUUCACCCAGGCGCGGUUCAACACGGGUAUCGACGCGACGGAAACAUCGAUCGUCACGGCCACCGGUCCUUUCAUCAUCACCUGGAGCUUGAAGAAGGUCGUUGCUGGACGCAAGGACCCGUACACCAUCAAGCGGUACAGCGAAGAGGUGAUGGCGGACAACUUCCGGUACGGUUCGGACAAGAACGUGAUUGUGGCCUUGCCCAACGAGGUCAACAUGGUUGCGAAGCGCAGUCUGAUGAAGCCCACUCGCGAGAGCAUCGCCGGUCCGCCGGUCACGCCGAGCCGUCGCCGCACCCAAUGGGGCAGCCGGCUAGGACGCGACGAGGUCGUCAAUUCCCCUUAUUAGUAUCUCGUGUUUUCUUUUCUGCGCUGCUGCAUACCCCCCGUCGGCUAUUUUCUUUUUUUUUCGGUUUUUGUCUCUUUCCUCUUUUUCAGUUCUUUCAUGGUGGGAUGUAAUGUUUCCUCACGGCGAUAUGUAUGAUCUUCUGGCGGUUGAUCGGAUGGCGAACGGUUGCAACCACGACACUUGAGCAUUUGUCCUUCUACUCUACUAGGUAGCUAGUAAUAAGGGAAUACGAAUCACGACUGAAGACUCCAC